UGUUCCCAAUAGCAGUUUCGAUAAAGUCUUCGCGCUGAGCGGUUCGUACGCGUUUGUUCGUCGUUCGUUGUCUUCAACUCUGUUGUGUUCGGUUUCCUGCUCCGGUAUGCGGUCGACAGUCAUCAUAGAUCUCUAGUCUAUUUGUGUUCGGUGCAAAAAUUCGAAAAUUCCGUAAAUUCAGAAAAAGUACGCGAUAUAUACAAAAACAAAUUUGUUGUUUUUUUCCUGUAUGUAAAUACAGAAAAAUAAGCGCUUCGAAAGAUACGAAAACGCUUAGAUAAAGGAAGAAACGAGUUGUGAGCGUAUGCAAACGAAAAAAAUAAAUAUUUUGUAAUUUUCAACUCUGCGUUUUCGGCAUUUUUUCUGCUUAUUGCUGCUGUUUGUGUUUAUUGUGGGCCCACGAUUUGUUGAUUCAAGCUUUUUUUGAUUUCGAUUUUUUUUCGUACGCUUUGAUUGGGCAAACAAUUUUUCGGCUUUAUUUGGUCUUAACUCGCAAGCUUAUAUGAGUGUUUCCGUGCGUUGCGGCUACAAAUUGCGGUCAAAGUUGAUAUUUGCAACAAAGCUAACUAUAUAGCUACAACAACAAGUGUAACUUACGAGUAUAACAAUUGAAUUAGAAGUGUAAAAAGCAGGCAGCUGUAACGAUCUUGUAUCCAACGUACGAAGUUUUCGAACAAAGCGCAGAGAAAGAUCGUUAUUAGCAACAAAAAAGUAGCAGUGAAGAACGCAGGAAAAAAGCAUCCUUGGCAUUGUUGUUGUUUCCACAACAAAUCAGUAUAUCGCAGCAGCUUGCAAUUGUUGUUAUAAAAAGCCGCCAAAAUUGGUCGCCUAACGAAAACUUCGUUUGUGCUCAACGACUACAAGGACGACGACAUGGGUUUCAGUUCGCGCAUGGACUGCUGCGGGCAGUUCGUCAAGUACAGCCUGUUCAUUUCGAAUUUGAUAAUAUUUGUUGGCGGCGCAACGGUCUUUACGCUUACACUAUGGACGCUCGUGGAUCGCAGUUUUAUGAAUGAGUUGUUGGGCACGAAUCUCUUCUCGGGCGCCGUUUACGUCUUAUUGGUUACGUCGGUGGCGAUUUGUUUGCUCUCGUUUUUGGGUUGCGUGGGGGCUGGUAAAGAGGUCAAAUGCCUGUUGUUAACGUAUUUCAUAAUUGUGGCGCUAGUGUUUGUGACGAUGUUAAUCGGUGGCAUACUGGGCUAUGUCUUUAGGGAACGUGUACAGCAAACGAUGAGACAGGAAAUGCGCGCCACCAUGGCACUCUACGGAAGCCGUCGUGACGUCACUUUAGCGUGGGAUCAAACGCAGGAGCGUCUGCAGUGCUGCGGUGUGGACACCUGGCACGAUUGGAAUCGCUACGGACCCGUACCAGAGUCUUGCUGUCAGGAAUUGUUCGGAGGACAACGCAAAGACUGCAGCAUCUUCCCGACAAUAACAAAUCUCUACAGUCAGGGCUGUCUCUAUGUGACGACAAACUUCAUACGCGAUCAUGCGGCGUUAAUUGGCGGCACUGCCAUAGCGGUGGCCAUAUUAAUGAUAUUUGGCAUGAUAUUCUCAUGUCUGCUAUUUAAUAUGAUUGAAUAGUUGGAUGGGCAAUGAGUAGGCGUAAUGUCGAGAAAUAAGCAAAAAAAGUGUUGGAAGUUGCAGAAUUAUUAGAAGAGCAAGUAUAUACAACUGAUUAGCAACAAAAAAGCGCUUACACAUACACACACAAAUACACUUAUACACACAAAUACACAUAUUCAUACACUAUAACGCAAAUUCAUAUGAGAAUCCCAACACAAGUCCAAAAUCUAAGCACGCACCUUUACUUAAAAAUACAUAUGUACACGCAGAGCUACACAAAUCCAACAAAAACCAUUGGCAGUUAAUUAAAAAUACCGUACAAAUUAUACUCAAAACAAAAUUAAAACAAACUUUAUGGCUUAACGCCUGAAAGUAGGCCACUAAACUGCGCCAGCGCGCUAGAAACCUACGUCAUAUUCGUAAAAUUAAUUAUUUGCAUGUUGUACCAUUUAUCACACAGUCCCAUUAAUUGUAAAAUUAUUUUAAGCAAGUUUUGUUUGUAAAUUAAAUAUUGCUCAUUCAAGUUUUUGCGUUACGAAACGCUGCUGUAUCAAAAAAGUAUUAUUUUCGAAUUUGUAAGUGCAUAAUAAAUACAUAUAUGUAUACUUGUAUAAUAUUUGUCAUUGUUGUAAAGCAAUGCAUUAAUUUUUAAAAUAUAUUCUAUGUAUAAAUAUUUACUUUAAACCAUAAAAUAUAUGUAUUUGAGCAGCUGGUCGCCUGAAAGUAUGCUACGCGCUCCUAAAGGUAUGCUACGGAAAGUUGUGCUAACUAUAAAAUAUGUUUGAAACAAAAGCGUGUCUAAGACUAUGCUACGCGCGCCUAAAGUUAUGCUACGAGUGCCUAAAGUUAUGCUACGUAGAGCUGUGCUAAUUACGAGAUAUGUUUGAAACAAAAGCGUGCUUUGUUGUAAUUUAGAAAAUCACUCACAUACUUUAA